AUGGCUGGGGCCGCGAGUGGCACUUUUCUACUCCUGCUCUUCGGGGCGCUGAGCCUGCAGGCCGAUCGGCCAGGUUUUCAGCAGUUAUCGCAUCUGUCUUCCUAUGACAUUAUUGUCCCUGAGAGGAUUACUAGAGAACGGCGAGAAGUAUCUGUUUCCUCUUUGGCACAGGACAAGUUAUUAUAUGUCGUUGAAAUUGAAGGAAGGAAACAUAUCAUUCACCUAGAAAGAAACAAAGGGCUUUUGCCGAAAGACUUCACAGUUUAUACAUACAAUGAAGAUGGAACACUGCAUUCUGAAAUUCCAGAUGUCCAGGGCCACUGCCACUAUCAGGGAUACGUUGAAGGAAUGUCAGAUUCUGUUGUUGCUGUCAGCACUUGCUUUGGACUCAGGGGAUUGCUGCAAGUCGAGAACAUCACCUAUGGAAUUGAACCUAUGGAGUCGCCUUCUGGCUUUCAACACAUUGUCUACCGAAUGGAAAACGUGAAGAAAGAGCCCAUGGCUUGUGGGGUUGCUGACCCAGGUCGGAAAUGGGAAACAACGGACCAUUUACACCCUCACAGUGGGACUCAGCUGCUGAGAAGAAAAAGAGGUGUCCUUCUACAGACAAGAUACGUGGAGCUCUUUAUAGUUGUGGACAAUGAAAGGUAUGUGCUGCUAGGCAAGAAUGAAAGUGCCGUGAGAGAAGAGAUGGUGCAGUUGGCCAACUACUUGGACAGUAUGUAUAGUGUGCUGAAUAUCCGUGUCGUCUUGGUGGGCUUGGAGAUCUGGACAAAAGCAAAUAGGAUCAGCAUAGAAGGAGGUGCAGGGGAUGUUCUUUCUAACUUUGUCCAGUGGCGAGAACAGGACCUUGUCUUGCGCCGAAGACACGACAGUGCACAGUUUGUUCUGUAAGAAGGCUUCAUAGCGACCUCUGGAAUGGCCUACGUGGGGACCGUGUGCUCCAAGAGUCACGCUGGAGGGAUUAAUGUGUUUGGACAGAUGAGUGUGCAGAUGUUUGCUUCCAUUGUUGCUCAUGAACUUGGCCAUAACCUGGGAAUGAACCAUGAUGAUGAAAGAACCUGUACCUGUGAAGUGAAGAACUGCAUUAUGAGCUCUGGAGCAUCAGGGGCCAUGAACUUCAGCAGCUGCAGCGCAGAUGACUUUGAAAAGCUAACUCUGAACAAAGGUGGAAGUUGCCUUCUUAAUUUUCCUAGGCCAGAAGAAACCUAUAGUCCGCCAUACUGUGGCAACAAGUUAGUGGAUGCUGGAGAGGACUGCGAUUGUGGAUCACAAGAGGAAUGCAAAUCCGAUCCUUGCUGUGAAGCAGGAACUUGCAAACUGCGCUCAGGAGCUGAUUGUGCUUAUGGAGACUGCUGUCUGAACUGUCAUUACCUUUCCCAAGGCACUGAGUGCCGAGAGAGUGCCAGUGAGUGUGACCUUCCUGAGUACUGCAAUGGGACGUCACCGUUCUGUCCACAAGAUGUCACCGUUCAGAAUGGGCACCCAUGCCACAACGAUGAAGCUUAUUGCUACAAUGGGAUGUGCCAGUAUUAUGAUGCACAGUGCAAGGCCAUCUUUGGCUCAAAGGCAAAGGCUGCCCCUGAGGUUUGCUUUUCUGAAGUGAAUUCCAAAGGUGACAGGUUUGGAAACUGUGGUUAUCAUGGCCAUGACUACAAGAAGUGCUCAAGCUGGAACGCCAUGUGUGGGAAGCUGCAGUGUGAGAAUGUGAAAACUCUCCCAGUCUUUGGGAUUGAGCCUGCUAUUAUUCAGUCUCCCAUCAAAGGCAGCGUCUGUUGGGGAGUGGACUUCCAGCUGGGGUCAGAUGUACCAGAUCCGGGGAUGGUGAAUGAAGGCACAAAAUGUGCUGCUGGAAAGAUAUGUAAGCACUACCAGUGUGUAGAUGUAGCUGUUCUUGGUUAUGACUGUGACAUACAUAAUAAAUGCAAUGGACAGGGGGUGUGCAACAGCAAUAAGAACUGCCACUGUCAUCCAGGUUGGGCCCCCCCCUACUGUGAAUCCAAAGGCUACGGGGGCAGUCUGGACAGCGGACCUACAUAUAAUGGAAUGGACAACACAACAAAAAAUUGGCUGCUAGCGUUCUUCUUCGUAGUUGUUCCCAUAUUGCUAGUUUUGCUGUUCUGUCACUUAACAAAAGAUAAUUGGGUCCAUUCCCUCCUGCCACUGGUAGAUCACUGUAGAUGUUGGAAUGGGUCACCGGCGAGCGAAAGUCAAGAGCCUGUGCACAUAGAACACCCACAAAGUGUGCCAUAUUCUUCGAGGCGUCUGUCAUUUCAAACGAACGUGCAGCCAUAUAAGUACCCAGUGCCGUCACAUACAGUUGAUCCACAACAUAACUCUGAACCUGACUAUUACGCUUCUCCUCUUCCUUCUCUGCAGCCCAUGGAACAGCAGUGUAUACCACAAAGGCCUCCACCCCCAGUGCUGAAAAAGGCACCUCAGGAACACCUCUACCCUUCUCGGCCGGCACCAUUGCCCCCUAAAUAACUUUCCGUUUUCUUUCACAAGCUGCCCUGUUUGCCAAGAUGGAGCUUUAUCAGUCUUGCAUCAAGUGGCCCUUGUAACUCUUCCUUCUCCCUCAGCACUGGAUAAGGAAAAAAAAAACGAAAUGCAAAACCAAGGAAUGUAAACUUAUCAAGCAAAUACCUCUACCAAAGCUGCAGAAACUGAAACGAGCAAGCCUGUGAAGACUGUCUGUACGAACUGCGGUAGGCUGGACCACUUGAAAGUGGAUCAGUCUGAAACAUUUUGGGUGUAACUAUCUCUUCCCUUUUAUGAUUAAAUGUAUACACAAUGUGCUUGUUAUAAGGUUGCCCCCACCCCCGGUCUGCUCACAAAGAAUAACAAUUUGAUGAAGAAGGGCACAUCUUUAGAGCCACAAUUUGGAAACGCCCUAAUUGAAUUUAAUCCAAAUUUACUUUUGUUGAAAGGGUCAAGCUUCAGAACAAACAGUACUGCAGAUUCAAAGCAGAAGCUGGUUGUGGACAGUGCUGAUUGGCUGGUACUCCUUAUGCCACCAAGAUACUGGUACUCAUUAUGCCACCAAGAUACGUACCCUCAAUAUCUCCAGAGACGUUUUGCACUUUUAAGGAAACAGUUUCCUUUUUGAAUUAAUCAUCUCAGCAAAUAAAAUAGUGGGCAGUCCAGCUGAAGCAUGGGGAGGAGGCACAAGACUGAUGAUGGAGCCACCAUUUGAUUGGUUGGAAUAUGUGUCAUUCAGAUUGGAAGCCAGGUUUGCACUGUAGCUGAGGGACCUGCUAUGACUUGUCUUUUAAUGUAACAUCACUCUUCACUCAUAGUGACUGUAAAGGCCUGCAUUAAAAACUGCAAAUGAAACUGGGCCAAUACAUUCCCAAAGGCAACAUAAAAUUCUUCAAAUGUUUGUUUUGUGGCGACCAGAUUUUGUUAUUUCUGUGCACAUGUCUAAAAGGCACAUGUUGAAGUGCUAAGAAAAAUUAGUCUGCUUCUCAAAAGAAGACGAAAUGUGUUGUUUAAUGUGCGUGCACAGGUUUUAAUGGUGUGUGAGGCAGUGUGCAUCUUUAUAGUAUUAACGUACUUUUAAAAACGAAGACAAUUUUAACUGUAUGCUGGCUGACACUAAACUGUAGAUAAUAAAGGAGGUUAGGGAAGUUUAACUUAAUGUUUUUGUUAACAAAUAGAAGCACAACAAAUUCUUCUAAUUUACCACUAAUCAUUUAUCAGAAUUAAGGUACGAGAAAGUCACCUUCUGUAGGUCUAGGUGGGGGUGGGGUAGGCUCACAAGGCAUUUGUAUUCAGCUCCCAUGAACUUGCUAGAAUCCAAAGCAUUCUAGCUUUAAAAUUUUGAAAUAAGUAUCUAUCCCUCAUUUGCAGAGGAAUGCUUAAAAAUGUGAUGACAACCAGUGCUAAAAACUGGAAAUGCGAGAACAAAUAAAAAGAAGCACAAAUUCAUUGCAAGUCAGUUCCCAUGACUUCGGUGUCUGUGUAACAAGACUUUUUCCAGAGCUGUUUUAUAUUUUUCAUUUUUGAGGAUAGCCUCUUCAGAAUGAGACUACUGUAGGGCUUCCGUGUGUUUCCCAACUACAGUUUGGCAUUGACCAGGUUCACAAAAAUGCUAUGCAAACAGUGCUAAUGACAUGAAACUAAAGUAUGCAAAUUCACAGCAGCCUUUCAGUUUACCAUAGAUUUUCCAUGUGGCCUUCAGCAGUCCAUGCCAAGACAAGCAGAUACUACUGUUAAUUUUUUUUUAGGUAUGUUACAGUAAAUGUGUGGUGUGGAUGUAACAGCUGAUGACUGAGUACAUUAACCUGAUGGGUAGUAUGAACAGUCUCUGGCUAACCACGUUCUCUAACUCUGCACACUUACUGUAAUGUAUGAGAGCAUCAGUAUUGGUGCAAAAUCAAUUUUUAUGCAAUGCCCUUGAAAAUGUUAUGAGCACUUUAACCUCUAGCAGCCUGCUGAAGUAUCCGGUAUACAUAUCUUUUGAAAAGUGUUGCUUUUUUGUGUCAGUCAGGAUGUUUACAUUGGCUAAAUCUUUUGGAUUGAACUGCAAGCAAUCUUUGCACCAUUGAUUAAGCCAGAUUUUUAAAUUAUAUCUGCUAAAAAGAUUUCUUUAGACCAGGAGGGGUAGAUUGAUAUUUGCUGAGGUGAUGGGACAUCCUGGUGCCUAUACGUAGAUAGUAUAAUGUUUGUUCAUAAUUGGUAAUGACGGUUAAGAAAGACACAUCUGCUGCACUAGCUUCAGUGAGUUAAAAAAAUACUAAAUUAUGUUAAGACAUUCCCAUUUAGUACUAUUUGUUUGGCAUAAAGUAAUUUGGUAAAUUUCUCCAUAAUUCUUGCCAAAAAGUCUUUAAUGGUGUUUGUAUAUAUUCAUAUAUAUGUCUGCAUUUGCAAUAAUAAAAUACUUGAACUAUUG